UCCCAGCUGAGUUGAAAGGGACAUGGCGACGAUGUAGUUUAGGGAAGCAAGAAUCAUUAACUCGCGCCGGGAUUAUUUAGCUUUAAUUAAGACUCAUCCAGGCUCCAUUUUUUAAGAUAAAGUCGAGCAGCGGAAGUUGAUGAGUUCACCAGAAGAGAGCCCAGAGACGAGUGGGGCCGGGGGAGGCACCAGGAGUAAUAGUCUUGGGCAUGAAGAAGUGCAAAGUGGUGAGGCAGAGCAGGAAGGGAGGCAGUGGCCAUCCCAACAUCAAGGUGGAGAUAUGAAACGCGCAGCUGCCCAACUCAUAGAAAAAUAUUACUUCCAGCUGACUGAUGGAUGCGGUAAUCCAAAUUGUGACAACCCCAACUGUGCAUCCUCUGGCAAGACGGGACCACUGUCAAGUAAUGAAGCAGCAGGCAAGGCACUCCAACUAUUUGCUGCACGUGCCAGACUCUGUGAGGCAGUGAGUGCCAAAGUUCCCAGGUCCAGUCAGUCUCGAGCAGUAGCUAGUGGUGUUGAUGCUGCGUCUGUGGAGGGGCAUAGUUCAGUUACUGGGAACACCCCAACUUCAUCUUUGUUACGUGAUGUUAAUAUGGCAGGUGCUUCUGCCCCUACCACACCUCUACCCCCUCUCUCACCGCAGGUUGAUGGACCCAUUAAAACACCAGGACUCACUGAAGCAAUACUCUCACACUCUAUAACUGAGUGCCGUAAUGCUAACAAUUAUGCUAAGCUUAGACGUCUACUAUGGUCUGUAUUUUCUAAUGAAAUAGCACUUAGACAUAGCUUUCUAAAGAGUGCUGAAUCGGAUAUGAAGAAUGAAGCGAUACAAGAAAAGAAUGAUAAAGAAAGUGGAGCUCAGAGUAAAGAAGAAUUGCGUGCUCAGGAAGGUGAUCUGGACAAAGACCUAGAUUGUGCAGAAGUUGUCUGUGUUGGAGAAGAUGCUACUUGCAGUUGUAAUGAGCAUGAAAGAGAAAGGAAUAAGAGUGAAAGUAGGGAAGUUGGCGAAAGGCCAGUAGCUCUAGAUGUAAGUGAAGUACGACGUACAUAUAGUUCCCUUUUCGAGUGCCCAGAAGAAGAAUUUUUCAGUACUUUAAUGAAUGCCAUAGUGCAGCUCUUGUCAGAUUCCAUAAGUAUCCAGUUGAGAGCUCAUAGAGAUGCUUUCCUUGCCAUACCUAAUAAUAUCAACAUCUUUAUCAUUCUUCUUGAAAGUCCUGCACUUAAUACUACAGAUUAUAUAGAAGGAGUAAUGCCAGAGUUGUGUAGGACAGUAAGUCAAUUACCAGAGAUGGACCAAGCCCUUUUGACACGACAUCUGGCAACAUGGGAUGGACCUCGGUUACGUCGAUUAUUGGAGUCUCUCCAUCAGCUCAUUACCAUCAAGCUACUUACCACAGAAUUCAAUCGAGAUUUUACUAUCAACGAUGAGGAUAGUAUAACUUCAGCUACCCAAGUCAUGAAAUUGCUUUAUUAUGCCAGUAUAUUAGGAGGGGAGUUAGACACUCCACUGUUAAGUGACCUACCACCAGAAGAGCCAAAUGUUGAAACUAUGCCAGUGCAUGAUGACCCAUUCUUAGGGGUUAGUAGUGCUGGCAAAGAUUGGGCAACAAGAGCCCCACCCAAGGAUUCCUUGGGCACAGAGAUUGGCAUUCAUGUCUUAGAUGCCAGGAUACCUCUUGUGCCUCUAUCAGAGUUUUAUGAUGAUUUCCUGAGUGAUCAGCUUGAAAUGGAUAGAGACUUUGCCUAUUAUAAAGCAGGCAGUGGUGAUAAGUUUAGUUUUCUACACUACCCCUUCAUCCUAACUCCAGCCACUAAGGCGCUAGGGCUUUAUUAUGACAAUCGGAUUCGCAUGUAUUCGGAGAGAAGGAUGAGCAUCUACCAACAAGUCAUGGAGGGAAUGCCAGCUAAUCCUUACUUGAAACUUCGUGUGAGGAGAGAUCAUAUCAUAGAUGAUGCCCUAGUAGAGUUGGAGAUGGUCGCACUUGAGAACCCAGGGGAUCUUAAGAAGCAGCUUGUGGUAGAGUUUGAGGGUGAGCAGGGAAUAGAUGAAGGUGGUGUCAGCAAGGAGUUCUUCCAGCUAAUUGUUGAACAGAUCUUCAAUCCAGAUUAUGCUAUGUUCUGUCGCAACAACGAAACUAGAACAUUUUGGUUCAACCCCAACUGUUUUGAAAGUGAUGCUCAAUUCACCCUGGUGGGCAUUGUCCUUGGGCUGGCUAUCUACAAUAAUGUUAUAUUAGAUGUACAUUUCCCACCAGUUAUGUACAAGAAACUCUGCAGUAAACCUGGGUCUUUUCAUGAUCUCCGGGACUGGAAUACAACGCUGUAUCGUAGCCUUGUGGAACUUCUAGAAUACGAAGGUGAAGAUAUGGAAGACGUCUUCAUGCAGACUUUCAGAGUUGGUUACCAGGAUGUCUUUGGUACCAGUCUUACUCAUGACCUGAAAGCGGAUGGAGGAAACAUUUUUGUUAACCAGUCAAGCAAACAUGAAUUUGUAGAACUCUAUGCGGACUUCUUGUUGAACAAGAUGGUUGAGCGACAGUUUCGAGCGUUUAGGCGGGGCUUCAACAUGGUUACAGAUGACUCUCCUCUGGCAAAUCUUUUUAGACCAGAAGAAUUAGAGCUUCUGGUUUGUGGGUCACAGCAUUAUGAUUUCUUGGAGCUGAUGAAAUCGGCAGAAUAUGAUGGAGGCUACAGCAGUGAGACUGCAAUCGUGCAAGCCUUUUGGGAAUUGGUUCAUGACAUGAGUACUGAAGAUAAAAAGAAGUUGCUUCAGUUCACUACAGGGUCAGCAAGAGUGCCAGUUGGAGGCCUGGCAAGACUAAAGCUCAUCAUCGCUCGCAAUGGCCCCGACUGUGACAGGCUACCAACUGCCCACACCUGCUUCAAUGUUCUACUUCUACCUGAAUAUUCUAGUAAAGAAAAACUCAAGGAUCGCCUCUAUAAAGCCAUCAAGUACUCUCAGGGCUUUGGUAUGCUCUGAGUGAUCUGCAGAUUCAGGUAAGCUUGUGGCCUUGAGAAUAUGUAGCGAGUUAAAGUGAGACAUCGUGGGCUAUCUGCAGUGCCUGGGCUAUGGAAGACCAUCAGCAAUUGGAGUGUUGUUGGUCUCUUUACUUGCUACUUAAAAAAAAAUGUUAUCCUAAUUGGCUUCAAUCUGUAGAUGUAAUUUUGAUAAUAGUCUUCACAAAUUUUCUUUCUGUAGGCAGAUAUUCAUUAUUCAAAGAUGUUUCUCUUUUUAUCAUCAUCAGAAGGCUUUCCUCAUCAAAAGUCUCAAAUCUUGUGUACAGUAUUAGAUUUUUAGGGUCCCAGAAAAUUGGAUUUCUAAUGAUUCAUAUCAUAAAAGCUUCAUCAUAUUGUAAUGGAUAGACUUGAAGAAACUUUUAGAAUGCCCAGUACUGUUUACUGGUCUUGUACUAAUUUCAGACUAUUUUCCCAAUUGUGAAAUUUAUGUAGAAAUUUGGUCAAUAUUUUAUCAUAGUGCCUGUUAAAAAAAUGCUAAUUUUUAUGUAAAAGAAAUGAAUAGGGAUGAGUUAUUAAUUCUUCAAGUUAAGUUAAAAAAUCACCGUAUGAAUUUUAUUUAACUUUUAAUCAUUCACAAAAUCAAACAAGCUGGAUAUUUGGGUAUACUUCAAACCAGCUCUCAUUAUAUCAGUGCAUCAAACGAUCAUAUGAUACACAUUUUUAAAAAGCCUUACUUCAUGCUGUUGCUUUUCUUUAAAAUCUGUCAAGUGCUGUCUGUGAGAAGAUUGAUGCUGUGUGACACAAGGUUAGAUAUUAUAACAGUGUAAACAAACAAAAAAAAGAAAAUGAAAUAAAACACAACUGAAAAUAUUCAAAUGCAUCUCAAUAUUUUAGUAUUUUUGUAUGAUUGGUUGAAUGCAUCUAUGUUACAGCUAUCAGAUAUAUUGAAAGCGAAGCAGAGACAAGAAAGGUAACACACAUCCAGAGAGGUUGACAUCCCACACAGCAUUUUGUUUGGCUGUCAAAGGUUUAUACAUUUUGUAUGUGAUACUUCAUUGAUAAGUGUAAAUAAAGAAAAUGAUAUUGAAA